AUGGAAGUUACUGUUCUAGGCCAUAGGCCUUUUCGAUCGCCCAUUGACCCCGUCCAGGUCUGCCAGUCCAUAGCUCUCAUAGAGCCUCCUAUUAGAUCAGGUGUUCUUGAUUCUGUCUACUGGAACAAAACUAGCAAUGGGAUUUUUUCGAUCAAUUCUGCUUACAUUCUAUUGUAUAGACCUGGGAUAACCAUAGCUGUUUGCAGCAAUAACCUUGGUUCUCAGCAGAUUGCCUUUGAUCUUCCACACCAAGAACCAUCUCCACACUUGUCAUCAGAACUUGUGUUUCACAUGGUUAUUGCAGCCACAAUUAUGAAAAAGAACAAUACGAAAGAAGAUAUAGCCAAAAAUAUGGUGGCACAGGCUUUUAUCUCUGGCUCUGUGAAGAUCUUAUUAGACUGGAUAACCUCCAGUGAUUUACGUGAAUUCAUGGGGAGAAGAAAGCUAAAAGUUUCUGUCUUGAAUGAGCUUGAGACAAAGUUGUUAGCACUCAAUGCCGUGCUCAACGAUGCUGAGGAGAAGCAGAUAACUGAUCCUGCAGUGAAAAAAUGGCUUGAUAAGUUGAAGGAUGUUGUCUUGGAUGCAGAGGAUUUGUUGGAUGAAAUCAACGCAGACAUCCUAAGGUGCAAGGCGGAGGGAGGGCCUCAAAACCUUACAACCCAGGUGAUAUCAUUCUUUUCUUCUCCUUAG